AUGUCAUUUGGAAAUGAUAAACCCGCAACUAAUUUUGGUGCAGAAACAGCAGAUGAUUUCCCUCCUUCCUCCCCAAUUAAUAUUCAAGCAGGAACAUUAUGGCCGCUUCCCCAAAAAUUUCAUUAUGGAGAAUAUAACAGAACUGUAGGGAGACAGGGAUUAAUUCCUUUAAUAUUUAUUAAUUCAACAUUUGGAGGCGAAAACAGGGAAUGUGAUAUUCUUGAAAAGGCGAAGAGUAUUUAUUUAAAUAAAUUGCUUGUCUUCCCUGGAUUGGAAGAUGUACGUGCAGGAAAGGGAACACCUUUACAAGUUGUUAUUAAAGUAAAGAAACGCUGUCCUGGACGUCAGCAAUUUCCUCCAAGUGAUAUGAAUGAAGAAUAUAAAUUGAUGGUUCCAUUAAAUGGAGAAAUAUUACUUGAAGCAAAUGAGAUAUGGGGAGUACUUAGAGGAAUCGAAACUUUUAGUCAAUUAUUUUUUGUAAAACUUGGACAAUUAUAUAUCCGAACAAUUACUGUCCAUGAUUGGCCAGAAUAUUCUGUUAGAGGAAUUUUGCUGGAUACUUCCCGACAUUAUUUAAAUAAAAAUAUUAUUUUGAGGCAAAUUGAUUUGGCUUCUCAAAAUAAAAUGAAUGUUUUACAUUGGCACAUUGUCGAUAUGGAAUCAUUUCCUUUUGUGUCUACUAAAUUCCCAAAUAUUUCAAAAGAAGGGGCUUUUACUUCAAAACAUAUUUAUUCACCUAGUGUUGUUGAUGAAAUUCUUCAACAUGCACGUUUACGUGGUGUUCGAGUAAUCCCUGAAUUUGAUACUCCAGGUGCUGGAAUUUUAGCUGAUUGUUAUGAUAAAAAGAAUAGAUUAGUUACAUCAAGUAUGCUUGACCCAAGUAAAGAAUCGACAUAUGUAUUUUUAAAAGAAUUUUUAAAAGAAAUUGAUGAAACUUUUCGUGAUAAAUAUAUUCAUUUGGGUGGAGAUGAGACUGCUUAUUGGACAAUUCAAUGUUGGGCACGUAAUCCAAUAAUUAGAGAAUUUAUGGCCGAAAAGGGAUUUAAAAACAUGACUCAAUUAGAGAAUUAUUACUUUAGCCGUCUUCAAGCAAUUGUUAAAGAAGUUUUUGGUACACAAAUAGGUGGUCGAAAAAUGAUUUUUUGGCAAGAAGUUUUUGAUAAUAAUAAACCUGAUGUUAGUGCUAUUGUUCACAAUUGGUAUUCACAAAAUGAUCAGGCACGUGCUCGAGAUAUUAAAAGAGCUGUUCAACAAGGCUUUCAAGUAAUUGUUUCUUCUUGUUGGUAUUUAAAUUUAAUAAAUUAUGGCGCUGAUUGGCGUGCCCUUUCACCUAAAGGAUUGGGAAGAUAUUAUUAUUGUGAUCCUCGAAAUUUUCCCGGUACUUAUGAACAAAAACAGCUAGUUAUUGGAGGGAUAGCUACAAUGUGGGGUGAAUAUAUUGAUGGAACUAAUUUGGAGUCAACAUUGUGGCCUAGAGCUUCGGCUGUUGCUGAAAGGCUUUGGAGUCCACCAGAAAAAACAAAAAGUGCCGAUGAUGCAUGGCCUCGUUUACAGGAACAUCGUUGCAGAAUGAUCUCACGAGGUUAUAGAGCUGAGCCAGUAAAUGGGCCUGACUAUUGCGGCGCGGAAUUUUCAGAAAGUCCAGAAAUGUUUUGA